AUAGCCAGGACGCAUCUGCAGGAAUAAACAGCUGGAACCUCUCUUCAAUUGCAGGGAAACUUCCAGAUUUUUGUAAGAUUCAUCUGUCUGGCAUCUGCUUUUGCCCCUGGCAGGAGCCUUUGUGGGAAGAGAUGGUGAUGGUCCUGAGCCCCCUGUUUUUGGUCUUCAUGCUGGGUCUGGGUCUGACCCCACUCACCCUGGCUCAGGAUGACGGCAGGUACAGACACUUCCUGACCCAGCACUACGAUGCCAGGCCAUUCGGCCGGGAUAGGAGAUACUGUGAAACCAUGAUGAAGAGACGAGGCAUGACCAGCCCCUGCAAAGACACCAACACCUUUGUUCAUGGCACCAAGAAUGACAUCAAGGCCAUCUGUGAAGAAAGGAAUGGAACACCUUACCGCGGCAAUCUCAGAAUAAGCAAGUCUCCCUUCCAGAUCACCAUCUGCAAGCAUAAAGGAGGGUCCCCCCGGCCUCCAUGCCAGUACAGCGCCACAGAAGCAUACAGAGUCAUUGUUGUUGGCUGUGAAAAUGGCUGGCCCACCCACUUGGAGGAGUCCUUUAUCCCUCCAAGCAAGUAGCCUAGAGCUGGCUCUGCUCUUCUUUCCUUGCUUUCCCCCCUCAUACCAUAGCAACAUUCAUGGCUGGGAAUCCAGAAAGUGAGCUGUCUGAUCUUUGUUUUCUGCUUUACUAUAUGCUUAAUAAAUAAAAACAUCUCUGAAAUC